AUGGAGGAGACGAGGAAGAGAGAAGGCGGCGGUGGAGAAGACGCGACGCCGAAGAAGGUGCGAACCGAGGCGGAGGACGACGUGAUGGCCGGAGACGGCGAGCAGUUCACGGCGGAGGAGCUGAUGAAGCUUCUGGAGGAAGACGACGGAGGAAUAGAUCCGUCGCCUCCGGAGAUGGAGGAUUCGGCGGCGUGGAGCGGGGGUUUCAGGGUGAGGUUUAUAGAGGAUCCGUACGCGACGUCGGUGGUUUUCCAGUCGGCAACUUCGCCGGGACACAUCACCAUUAACGGCAACGAGGAGAGCUGUGGAUCUUCCUUCUCCGACUCCGACGCGUCGGUGAUGGCGAGCGUCGACGCGCGUGGCCUGAUCGGAAGCACAUGUUAUUUCAGUGAUCCCGGCGGCGCGUGGGGUUCAAGCGAGGCGGAGGUGCGUCGUUGCACUAGCAGUACGGACGCAUUUGAUGAUGGUGAUUUACUGGCUAGGUUCCUUGGCGAAGACGACGACUGUGUUUGA